AUGGCUUGUAACACCAUUGUCGCUGGACGGAUCCACAGCGUCAAAAAAUUGCUUAGCGCAUUGAUUUUGACGACAAAAACAUGCCCGACACCUGGGCCUGAACUCCGCGAUGACUCUAUGCCACAGUUACCUACCCAAGGUUUGGCCAUGUUGACCGCCGUACCAACCUCAAAUCCAGAUGAUUUAAGCCCAAUGAUGUCACCUCCGUGGCACGCGGAGACGACUUCUAUGGGAUAUGAAGACAUGAUGCAUCUCAUCCACAACGUCUUCAAUGACUAG